AGUACAGUGUGGAAUUAUGAUCGAGUGAAGGCAGAAAGGUUUGUAUUUCUUUCAUUUCCCAAGAAAGCUUGGUACUUGGAAUAGAAUACCCCGUUCCUUACAAGAAUGGGUGAUCACGUCAGAGAUCCCUUUGACGACAUCGAUUCUGGAGAUGAUGAGAUAGAAAAGCCACCAACACCUAAAAUCCAUCAUGGCGGCGAGUCGCCAGAAGCGCCUGGUUUCAGCGAUGUUUCAGACAGUGAAGAAGAAGAGAACACCGGAAAAGAAGCCACUAAACAACAACCUGAAGAUAGCAACAAUAGCUCUAGUGUUGGUUCUCCAGUCGAAGGAGAAGGCAACGCAAAAGAGGAUAUCAUUAUUGAGGCGAAACCCGACGCUAGUCCCCUCUACGAUCAGGAAAUUUCGCCAAUUUCAUCAACUUCAGCAACAGCUGACGACCAAGAGAACACAGUUGCUAAGGUAGAUCACAAGGAGGAGGAAGCUUCCUCAGAAGCUGAGAAAUUACUAUCGAAAACAAUUCAAGAAUCUGAAACAAAACGAGAUCAUUUAGAACGAACGGGAGUUGAAGGUGAUGUCGAAGUUUCUAGUCAGUUGUCUGCAUCAAGAGUAGAGGUGGGCGAAGGAGAGCACGAUGGCGAUUUAAGUGUUACAGAGAAUACAACUGAUAGACGGCGAACUAUUUCUUCAGGGGCUGCAACGGACGAUGAUUUAGAAAUGCCAAUUUCACCAUUGGGUCUUGGACUCUCAGGACCCGAAUCAGAAAUAGUUGAUGACAUUUUGAAAAGUGAUGUCUCCAAGCUUCUUCCUGGCAGUGAAGAUGAGUCUAAGGAAGGGCCAAUAGGUAUAAUUGAUAUUGAAAUGAUAGGACACACUUUCCAUCCAUUAACCAGUAGAAUAACCUUUGCAGGCUGUGUGCUAGAAUCUGAAGAAGAGGCUGGUGAGCAGCUGAUUCAGGACAUUUUUGGUGCUAGUGAUGAAGAGGAAGAAUUUGUGGGAUUUGGACAAGAAGACAUUGAAGUGACCAGGAAGAAGAAAGGAGCACGAGAUAGAAAGCAACACUCGCUGUCCCUUGGAUCAGAGGUUGAUGAUGAAGAAGUUAAAGCAAGGAAGGAUGACUUGGAAACAAUGAAGGUCCCAAAACCUAAAACUAACAAAAGUGCUUUAGAUGAUGAUGACGAUGACGAUGACGACGACUUGGAUGACAAGCAAGUGUUUGUGUCAGAUUUUGACCUGAUGAUACAGAAAAAGAAGGAGAUGAACAGGAAUUUCAGGAGGAAAAGGAAGAAUGUAGACAUCAUAAGUGACAGUGAUGAUGCAGUAGCACAUAUGAUAACUCAGAUGAAAGAGGUUGUGGAGGAGGAUAGGAUGCUUAAUGGUGCAAAGCAAGCAGCUACCAAGAAACUCAAAAUGCUUCCCUCUGUUCUAACACACUUACACAAAGCUGAUUUGCAGACCACAUUUCUAGAGCUUGGUGUUUUGCCAGUUUUGAAGGACUGGUUGAGCCCUCUGCCAGAUGGUUCUUUACCUCAUCUUCAGAUUCGAGAAGGACUGCUUAAAGUCUUAGUCGAGUUUCCUACCAUGGACAGCAGAACUCUUAAAAUGAGUGGAAUCGGUAAGGCAGUCAUGUACCUGUGCCGCCACCCGAGGGAGACAAGGGACAAUAAGAAAAUUGCAGGAAAACUCAUCAAUGACUGGGCACGGCCGAUUUUCGGUGUGACGUCAAACUUCAAAUCCCUCAGUCGAGAGGAGAGAGAACAACGGGAUUACCAAAACAUGUCCAAGAAAAGAAGAUUGAGUUCAGUAGAUAGCGACGGAGGCAAGACUCCAAAGUCUAUCGAUUCUGCUCUGCAGAGUGACAAAAAAGCCGUGAAGCCUGGUGACAAGGGCUUUGUGAUGCGAGCCCGCGUUCCUACGCCAUCCAACAAAGAUUACGUUGUCCGACCACAGAAUGCUGUUGAACGGAUGGAUUUCUCCAAGAAACCCCAAAAGACGAUGAACCGGUUUGAAAAACAAAAGAGAAAGUUUGAAGAUAAAAAAAAGCUUCUCAACAGAGGAUCACAGCGGGCUGUCAAUAUAAGCAUCGAAGGAAGGAAAAUGGGGCUUUGAUCGGUGGCAUUUUCGUGCUGCCUACACGAAUGAUCGUAUUUAUGAAACACUGACGUCAAAUGAACACCAACCGAAAGCAUCCCCUGUCUUUUGUCACUUGAACGAGGAAUGGAGCGAAGUUUCGACGCUAAAUGAAUACCAACCGAAAACAUUCCCUGUCUUUUGUCACUUGAAGGAGGAAUGGAGCGAAGUUUUCGACGCACACCUAUCAAAGCUAACCAUGUAACAACUUUUUAACUUACGCUGAUUGAACGGCGAAUAGGGAUCAGGACAUGUUUUGUUUUGUUUUUUUUUCUCUCUUUUACCUUUGAUCAGAAAUCCACACUCUAUUACAAGCACUCUGAGAUGAUACUGUGAACUCGCAACUUGACUUCAAAGGACUGCCAAGGGAAGCAUCUGAGGUCUGAAGUAUUUUACAAGGUUAUAACCUUAUAAUUAUAGAACAUUACGAAUGCUUUGUGAUAUUUUUUUGUUGCCAUUUGGAAAACAAGAGUUACUUCCCUUGGUGUCCGCGUAUCUUCACCGAUACGUGGUUUUGUACAUAAAACAAAAAAAAAUAAAAAAAAAGUUUCAAAUUGUUGAAUCAAAGCAAGGGAUACAACAAAUAGAUGAAGUUUCUUUCAGUGUCCUUAUGAAGUUAUUAAAUGUGUUGCUUCGCAAGGAUGCAAGCUGCUCCGUGAGGAGUUUCUAUCAA